GUCCCAGACAGCAUGUCGGAAAUGGCGGUUGACUUGGAGCGCUUUCGCAACAAAUGCUGCAAUUUUACAUUGCCAUCAAGUCUGCGGGAUGCGCAGAACUUGAAAUGUUUGCAGCAGAAAGUCCUGGACUGCAUCAAAAGUCUCUACAAGAGCGAGACAAAGCCGUACCUGGGCGAGGUUCAAAAACUGCUCCGCAUGACGGCGACAACAAAGAAAGACAAAGAUGAGGCUCGCUAUGUUGCAGCCGUUUGUGCCUUGAUGCCUGAGCUCUUCCUGUUGGUUCCACCACAUUGUGGCGACCCUCCAUGCAUCCUACUUCGUGAUCCGCCAACAGGCUUCGAGCUGUGGUACGAGAAGUUGCCUCAGCGCUGCUCUCAAACGCCCGAAGAGGAAGCCAUGAGGAACCUGCGGGAAUCGAUUUCGGCUGGUCGGAUUUCCACUAUGCGGAAGGUAAUCGACGAACUGUACGCAGACAGGAUCGAGCCGACUCUCAACGAGGUCCAGGAGCGGCUGCGCGACCGCGGAUGGAGCUACUCCGAUGCCCAGCAAGCCGUCCUCCUCUAUGCAUGUCAGAAGGACACCUACGACCUGGCCAAACCCACACAAAACAAACAGAUCGUUGUGCUCUUGAAGGAGCCGCCUCGCAGCUUCGCCGGGUGGGCAGAAGGUGCCGGAAUCAUUCCCAAGGUUUCUGUGCCGAUGGAAUCCGGCUUCAAAUCAUUGCUGGCAGCAGGCCGUGCACCUGCGCUCCGCGGAGGUGUUGCUGGUGCUGCGCAGGCGCUGCAGAACAUCAGCCCGCACGGGAGUCUCGGUGAGCUGCGGGCCCUGCUCCGCGUCUUCAUCCUCCGAGGCCUCCUGGAAUACCGGGAUGACGAGCUGGUGCCCACGAAUGUGCUACUCAAGGAACUCGACACCCUGCGGCAGGCACCACCUCGCACACCUGAGAGGAGGAAGAGUCCUGGGCGAAUCUAUUCGCAGAUUUAA